GAGCGACCUUGCGAGUAGCGUCAUUUACCCGCGGAUUUUAUUCGCUGAUAAGUGUGGGCUAGGCAUCUUUAAAAGGAAGACGCUUCCCAAUGCCAGCACAUUGUACAUUGUGGUGGUAUCAUGGCGACUUCAACAGCUGUAUUCGCUCUGGUGGUGCUCGCGACGCUGAGCGCGGUGGAGGCGUCAGUGUGGUUGGACAUAGCCCACAGGGUGUCCCUGCUCGCCGGUGGUCCCCCGACCGACGAUGCGCGGUGCAACAGCGCGGAGCUGUCCUGCGACGGCUGCAAUGACCAGAUCACGUGCAGGAGGGUCAACGGAUUCCUGUACUACGUGAGCAGCACCACCUGCGGCGGAAACACCCCCUACUGCAGCGCAGCUGAGGGGACUUGCACGUCCAACGCGACGUUGGUGGCCGCAAACUGUACGUCGGCCCAACCAGUGGACUCGGUCCAGUGCCCCAGAGCUAGCGGCUACUACCCCGACUUCACCUCGUGCACCAAGUACUACAUCUGCUCCAAUUGGGAGGCCUACUCCAUGGACUGCAGCGCCUACCCCAACACGGUGUACAACCAGCGCACCGGGUCCUGCGUGCCCAAGAACAACGCGCAGUGCUUUACGCCCACGUGCAAGCCCAACACCCUGGUGUCGUACACGCCGGACCCGCGGAUCUACGCGCUGUGCGUGGACAACACCGCGGCCACCGCCAUCAUCGGGACGUGUGACGAGGGCCAGGCCUACGACGUCAAGACCAGCCAGUGCGUGCCGGCGUGCUUGAGUGCGGGCCGCUUCCGCGUGGACGACAAGACCUACACCGAGUGCGUGGACCUGGGCGGCAACAAGCUCAGCUCCCCCGUGCGCAGGACCUGCCCCGGAACAUCCACGUUCGACGCCACCACUCAGCUCUGCAAGGACCCCUAGACACACCCAAGAAGCACGCACCGGACCGGGCCACAAUUCAUUUUCGCUCUUUGAAAUACAAUACUUUACUCUUCA